GCGACACAUUUCUUGGAACACGCUAGUUUUCUUUUCCACCAGCUCUUACAAGUAAAAAUUUCAUUCUUCCACCACCUACAUGGUAAUCAAAAGCUUCAAAAUUUCCAUCUAACUUGACUCAAAUGGAGCGACAGGAAGAGCAAGAAGAACAGCUAAUAUGGAAAUCAGAGGCAGAAUCAAUGGUUUCAGUCACAAUCGGCCGAGCCAUGAGCACUCUCCUCACCGCCCGUCCCAAAAAGCUCCACCACUCCAUUUCUCGCCUCUCCCCCGACUUCUCCAACAAAACCUCGCUCGUUUCUCUGGAUGAAUGCCUCUGGUUUCUUCACAAGUACGUCAAAGAUGCGGCUCAGAGAGACGAAACUUUGGAUGCGGUUCUUGUUCCCAUGAUCGAACACUCAUUGAAGUACAAGGACUUGAAGCAUGGCGGUCAACCUAUGAUACUUCUCAAUUGGCUCUUCCAAGAUGAGCUUCUUUUUCAAGCAGUUGCCAUGAAUCUUGCGAAUAUAAUUGUGAGGAAAGAUGAUCGGUAUAUAGCUUUUGGUUGGUGUACUCUUGUUCGGGGACUCAUGGAGUAUGAAAGUAGUAUGGAUCAGUAUUUGUUAAAUGGAAUAAAGGAGAAAUACAAUGCUUUGUUGAAGAUACUUUGCACUUGUAUUCCACAUCUAUCGUAUAUUGUACGUAGGGGAAGCUGUUUGCAGGAUAAAUUUGAACUACCUUCACGCCUUUCAGUGGCUGCUGCAGAUUGUUUAUUGGCUUUAACAGAAGGGUUGACAAAAAAGCCUGAUAUUCUUAGUAACAGGCCUAAAUCAUUAAGCUCCAGUGAAUCAAACUGUCCUGUUACUUUAACAGCAUCUGGCAUUGAUGAGAGGAAGGUGAAAGCUACACAUAAAUCUUCUGAAGUUUUAACCAGGGGCGUGGAGUUUUUGUUAUGGGAUCAUCUAGAAGAUCUGACUUAUUUAGUGCAGAGACUUCUUGCAUGGAGCAGAAAAAGUCGUCCGUUACAUGCUAAAGGAUUGGAGCAGGUGCUUAAGUGGUUGCAGGAGAUAAAAGUGCAUUAUGGUGGCCUUCAAGAUGAGGCAGGAUCAAAGAUACAAAAGACUGGAGCAUUGCUACUCUCUUCAUGUUGGAAGCAUUAUGGCAUGCUAUUGCACUUGGAAGAUCACAAAUUUACUAAGCAUUACAAGGAAAUGUUGGACCAGUACUUGUCAGGCAUCCAGUACUACACAAGCAACCAUGAUGAGAGGCAUGCUGAGAGCAAGGAUGAUGGUAUAGAAACCAGAAAGUUUUUCCUGAAUUGCUUAUGCCUUCUUCUGGGGCGUUUUGAUGGGAAAAAAUUUGAAUGCAUAGUGGCAGAAUAUGGAAAGCAGAUGUCACAUCUCCUUUUAUCACAGCUUCACUGCAAUGAUGACGAUGUAAUCAAUGGGGUUGUGAGUAUAUUCAAGGCUGUCAUUUUUAAGCCAAAACAUUCAUCUGGAAGCAGUGUAACUGACACCAAGCAGAUGGAUGCUGUGGUACCGUUGCUGCUUCACCUUCUUGACGAGAGAGAUGGUGCAGCUAGAGCCGUUGUUAUGCUCAUAGCAGAAUACUGUUCCAUAACUGCUGACGGUCACUGUCUUGAAGAAGUUCUUAAACGCCUUGCUUCUGGAAAUGCUAUUCAGAGAAGGAAUGCGUUUGAUGUUAUAUCAGAACUAAUUCACAUAUUGACAGAUGCAGCACAUUUAGUUUCUCAUUCUGCCUGGCAAAAUAUAGCAAAUAAUUUACUUUUGUGCCUUGGAGAUGAAGAAACUGCAAUCUGGGAACAAACAUCCAAUUUGCUUCCUCUGAUUGACCCAUCAUUUGUGUUGCCUGCAUUAGUUCGUCUUGUUUGCUCAUCAGAUGAAAAGAUACAACCAGCAGCUGCUGAAGCCUUUGUUAGAGUGCUCAAGCAUCAUAAUCAGAAACCUGAAGUUGUGUUCAUGCUGCUUGACAGUCUUAGCAACCUAAGUCAGGGUCUAGCUGAUGCAGAAACUGGAGCACAUACAGCGGAAGGAUCAAAUUUAGACUGUGAUAGGGUGCUCAGACUGAUCCCGGAGUGGUCUAAAACUGUUCAAGACUGGAAUAUCUUGAUUGGACCCCUGAUUGACAACAUGUUUGCAAAGCCAUCAAAUGCUACUAUUGUCCGGUUUCUGAGUCACAUAAAUGAGCAGUUAGCAGAAGCCGCUGAUGUAGUCCUUCAUCGAGUUUUGUUGCAGAUGAAAGGACAGAAAGACAUGAUUGAUGAAGCUUCCUUCUCUAGAUGGGAGACAAGAACCUGUACAAGUGAUGACUCCAUGAAAAUGCAGCAAUCUUUGUUUGAGCGACUUUGUCCAUUACUCAUAAUUAGGCUGCUUCCGUUGAGAGUGUUUAAUGAUCUAAAUUCCUCUGUCAUGUAUGGUCGACUUCAUAAUCAGGGUAUUAUGCAUGAAUAUAGUGAUGUCAGCAGCAUUGAUGACAUAAGUAUUGCUACUUUCCUCUUGAAUAGGGCAUUUAGUAAGUUUGAAUUUGAAGAUGUACGAAAACUUGCUGCUGAGCUUUGUGGGCGCAUUCAUCCUGAAGUUCUGCUUCCAAUUGUUUGCUCGCAAUUAGAACAUGCUGCAGAUUCUCAAGAUAUAUUGAAGAUUAAAGCUUGCCUGUUUUCAGUGUGUACAUCCCUUGUGGUAAGAGGAAAGGAAUCACUUGUGCAUUCUUUUAUUACUGAAAUCCGGAAAACCAUAGAAGUGAUUCUGUUAUGGCCUUCAUCUGAUGGUGAUGAAGUUUCCAAAGCCCAACAUGGGUGCAUUGAUUGUCUGGCGUUGAUGAUAUGCACUGAGUUGCAAGCUCCUGAGUUGUUUAAAGACCGCACCUCAUUGAGGAGCAACAUUGUUGGGAAGAAAGGCAAUCCUGGGGAUGCUGCCUCGAGACCCUAUAUCCUUAGACAUGUGAUCCAUCAAUUAAUAAAUGAUAAAAGUGAACUUAAACCCGUGUUGAAGUUGUGUGAUGAAAACUGUGAAACUAAGGCACCAAUUCCCCACUCCUUUCGUCUGUGCAUGGCUAAUGUUCUCAUCAGUGCUUGUCAGAAGAUAUCUGAUUAUGGAAAAAACCCGCUUGCAAAGACUAUUCUUCCAUGUCUCAUUGAUUCAGUUGAGGUAAAAAUGCAGCCAGAGAUUAGAGCUGCUUGCAUCCAGGUUCUGUUCUCUGCUGUUUAUCAUCUGAAGUCUGCAGUCCUUCCUUAUUCCUGUGAUCUUCUCAAACUUUCUUUAAAAUCCCUUGGAAAGGGAUCAGAAAUGGAAAGGAUGGCUGGUGCAAAGCUGAUGGCUUCUCUCAUGGGCGGUGAAGAUUCAAUUUUGGAGAGUAUAGCUGAUGGAUUAGUAGAAGCAAGAUGUGCACUUUCAGACAUUUCUUUAACUGAUCCAUCAUCUGACAUUCAACAAGUAUGUAGAAAGUUGCUAGCAUGCUUAACUUCUACAUAGCCUCUUUAUGAGUGUUUUGCCCGCUAGGAAAGAGAAAAACAUUACCAACUUCUUCAUGAGCUACAGUAAUACUCGGUUCAAUGCUGCUGUAUGUAUGGUUAUGGUGUAUAGAUUUUCAAAGUGUUUAUGGGGCUCAGCUUUUAUUGACCUUA